AUGUCCGCAAAUGAUAAACAAUACAUUUCGUACAAUAACGUACAUCAGCUAUGUCAAGUAUCCGCUGAGAGAAUUAAGAAUUUCAAACCGGACUUGAUCAUCGCCAUUGGUGGUGGUGGUUUCAUCCCCGCUAGAAUUUUACGUACUUUCCUUAAGGAACCUGGUGUACCAACCAUUAGAAUCUUUGCAAUUAUUCUAUCUUUAUACGAAGAUUUGAACAGUAUAGGCUCUGAAGUCGAAGAAUUGGGUGUUAAUGUUUGCAGGACACAAUGGAUCGAUUACGAACAGUGUAAGUUGGACUUAGUUGGCAAGAACGUUCUUAUCGUUGACGAGGUCGAUGACACCCGUACUACCCUUCAUUACGCCUUGAGCGAAUUGGAAAAGGAUGCUGCCGAACAGGCAAAAGCUAAAGGUAUAGAUACUGAGAAGUCCCCAGAAAUGAAAACGACUUUCGGGAUUUUUGUUCUACACGACAAGCAAAAGCCAAAGAAGGCUGACUUACCUGCCGAAAUGUUGAAUGAUGAGAACCGUUAUUUCGCAGCCAAGACUGUUCCAGACAAGUGGUAUGCAUACCCAUGGGAAUCUACUGAUAUUGUUUUCCACACAAGAAUGGCUGUUGAACAAGGUAACGACAUCUUCAUUCCUGAGCAAGAGGAGAAGCAAUGA